AUGAAAUCUGUCGUUCUUUCUGUCGCCGCGUCGUUUCCCUCGUGCCCUACGUGGCUGCAGUCAGCGAAUGGGUGUGGAGGGCUCAACUACUCUGGGAGCACAACGUGUGACUCUGGCUUGAGCUGUGUCUACUUUAAUGACUGGUACUCGCAAUGCCUGAGAGUGACCACGACGGCUUCUUCGUCCACCAGGACCUCUUCGUCCACUCGCUCGUCUUCAACCUCGACAACGAGCCGGAGCUCCUCAACCACUAGCCGAGCUUCUUCAACGUCUACGACAUCCACAACAUCUCGAGCGUCCUCUAGCACGACCUCUAGUACGCCAGUCGCCACAGGAUUUGUCAAGACGGAUGGACAAAAGUUUGUCUUGAAUGGCCAACGAUUCAAUCCUGUUGGAUCCAACGCAUACUGGCUCGCCCAGCUGAGCACGACUGCUCUCAUUCAACAGGCUCUGGCCGAGAUUGCCCAAGCCGGUACGACUGUCCUUCGAGUUUGGGGAUGGAACGAUGUUACCAGCCCGUCCGGUACCUACUAUCAGCUCUGGAACGGCGCCACUCCCACUAUCAACUAUGGUGCCGACGGUCUCCAAAAGUUUGACACCGUGGUGGCUGCUGCCAAGGCGGCGGGCAUCCGACUCGUUGUCCCUCUGACUAACAAUUGGCAAGACUACGGUGGCAUGGACCGAUACAUUACUCAGAUUGUCGGAAGCGGGCAACCUCACAGCCUCUUCUAUACCAAUACUGCCAUCAAGACUGCGUUCAAGAAUUAUGUGAAUGUCUUCGUCACCCGCUACAAGAAUGAGCCCACUAUUUUCAGCUGGGAGCUUGCAAAUGAGCCCAGAUGCAACGGCUGCAAUGUUUCUGUCGUGACGGAGUGGGCGAAAGAGAUGUCGGCGUAUAUCAAGUCCAUCGACUCCAACCACAUGGUCGCUCUUGGAGACGAAGGCUUCUUCAAUCAACCCAGCAGCUCUUCUUAUCCCUAUCAGGGUGGGGAGGGUGUUGACUUUACCGCAAAUAUGGCCAUCUCGACUCUAGAUUACGGAACAUUCCAUUUGUAUCCUAUUCCAUGGGGUGUUAGCUCUGGUUAUUCGACAUGGGGUGCGCAAUGGAUCAACGAUCACGCUGCAGUCCAAAAGUCGUUGAACAAGCCCGUCAUUAUUGAGGAGUAUGGUGUCAUAGCGUCUGAUCGCUCCUCUGCCUAUGCUGCCUGGUGGAGCGCCGUUGAAACCUCUGGUCUUGCUGGUGACCAGUACUGGCAAGCCGCAACCACGGCUAGCGGUAGUGGGUACAAUGACGGAUAUGGCAUCUCGACAACCGAUUCGAUUUUCCCCGCAUUGCAGGCCCAUUUUGCCACUCUCAAGGCCCGUACCUAA